GUUUAUAUAUUUAUAUAACAUAAGUUUACAAUUAUUAUCUUAUUUUUGAUUGUAAUCAUUAUGAUUAAAUAUUUUCAGUCACAUGGUCAAUAUCAUAUUUUCCACAUUUACCGCUAUUUAAAAUUUUUUAAUAUUGGCUAACGUAAAAGGUCAAAGGAAUUAUGCUCAUAAUGGUUAAACUUAUUUCUAUUAAAAUUAUUUUUGUUUUCAUUAUUAAGAAAAUUUCAAAUGAAUAAAAAUGUUUACAUGAUUACUUCAGUUGAAACCGUUUUGUCAAAAUUGUCUAUUUUGAAUUUUUAUUACGAUCAUAUUUGAAAGUAAAGUUAUUCGUAAACAUCUAAAUGUUAAACGGACUUUGGUUAAAUUAUUUGACCAAAUUUAAUUUGAGUCAGAAAAUUUGGAAUGUAGGAAUGCGAGAUGAAUUAAAAUUGUAUACUUGGCAGACUAAUUUAGAAUCAAUUUGUUUAGAUAAUGCAGCUGUAGUUGUAUUGAAUACAAAAAUUACUAAUCCUCCAUCUAUAGUUCAACAUCUUUGGAAUAAAUGUAAGCUACGAGUUACUGUUGACGGUGGUACAAAUAGAUGGCAUCAAUUUGCUAUAGAUAAUCAUUUAGAAUAUAAAAUUCCUGAUUUAAUCACUGGUGAUUUUGAUUCUAUUAUUCCAAAUGUUUUGGAUAAAUUUGUGAAAUUAGGUUCUAAAACAAUUCAUACUCCUAAUCAAAAUGAAACUGAUUUUACAAAAGCACUCAAAGAAAUUAAAAAAUAUACAACUGAUAAUAAUACAAAUAUUAACACUGUAAUUGUAAUGGUUAAUAUGGACAUAAGAAUCGAUCACUUUUUGUCAAAUAUAAACACUUUAUAUAAACUGAAAGAUCAGUUUUCAAAUAUUGAUGUAUUCUUGUUGGGAAGAAAUACAUUGACUUGGUUAUUAUUAAAAGGAAAUCAUAGAAUACACAUUCCUCCAACACUUAGAAUGUUUCCAGAGAAAAAUUACAUUGGUAUCUUCCCCUUAGGAUCAGCGUGUAAUCAUUGCACUACUAAUGGACUAAAAUGGAAUAUAAAUGGUAAAAUGGAAAUGGGAGGAUUAAUUAGUAGCAGCAAUACUAAUAAUGGAGACUCAAUUAUUAUGGUUACCAAUAGUUCCCCAAUUUUAUGGACUAUGACAUUGGGCUUUGAAUAUAAUUUUUAAUUAUAAGUUUUUUUAAUUUUAGUUAUUUAUAACUAAUAAAUUAAACUAAAUAUAAUAUAUUUAUAGUAUUUUAUUUGGUUUUGUAUAUUUAUUUUAAUCUUUAAGAAUGAGAAUUAAAAAUG